GGCUGGCCCGUAGAAACGGCGGCGGAAGCAUAGAAAUCGGCCCAGGCCGUGCUGCCGCACAGUAAUGCAUCGACAAACUAAAUAAUCGACGUCAAAAGCUGUCAAAUAUGGCGAAGGCAGCGCGAGCGAGCGGUAAUUGACAUGUAAAAAUGUGAAUAGGCCUACCGCGCGACCGCAACGUCGAUUUGCGCCUCGAAGAGAGGGAGCGAACGCACCUGCGACGACUGGCACGGUGUCACGCGCGCGAAUCAACGGAACACGAACGACGACGACGACAGUGACGACGACGACGACGGGGGCGACGACGUCGACGACGACGAUGACGAUAAUGAUAAUGAUGAUGUUGGGCUCGCCGGUGCCCGAUCGCCGGAAGUGAGGAGUGCGCAAGGGUGGUCUGCGGACAGGCCUGGGUAACGCAACUCGCCGCCGGGCCGGAGACGGAACACACGAGGGCAUGGUAUAAUCGUCGGACAGCCAUGGGUGCACAGCAGACCAAGGACAGGGUGAUCCCCGCCGGGUCGACCGUGCGGCAGACGCGCAAGCAGCCCAGGAACCUCAAGGAAUCGCGCAUCGUAGGCUCUAACAUAUUCACCGAGCACAGUGAGGCACUCUUGCAAAGUAGACCGCUACCACACAUUCCAGCAUUGCCUGAAGGUGAUCCUCCAAGUGGCUCUAGUGUUCAAUCAAUUUCACAGCAAGCGAAUGUUCAACAACAUACUAGUGUGUCUGCUACUGGACUUCUUGAAGCAGCAAAUAGAUGGACUAGCAAAGAAAAUCUACUGGCCCAGGAGGAAGAUGACCCUCAAUUAUUUGUUGCCUUGUAUGAUUUUCAAGCUGGUGGGGAGAAUCAACUGAGUCUGAAGAAAGGCGAGCAAGUACGUAUCCUAAGCUACAAUAAAAGCGGCGAAUGGUGCGAGGCCCACUCGAGCACUGGACAGGUGGGAUGGGUACCGUCGAAUUACGUGACUCCCGUGAACUCCCUAGAGAAACACUCUUGGUAUCACGGGAGAAUAUCUAGGAACGCUGCCGAGUAUCUUCUGAGUUCGGGGAUAAACGGCAGUUUUCUCGUGCGGGAGUCGGAGAGCAGUCCUGGUCAGCGCAGCAUCUCGCUAAGAUACGAGGGUCGCGUAUAUCACUACAGGAUCAAUGAGGACAGCGAGGGCAAGAUGUUUGUAACGACGGAGAGCAAGUUCAACACGCUGGCUGAACUGGUGCAUCACCAUUCAAUGCUUGCCGACGGCCUUAUCACGCAACUAUUGUACCCCGCGCCAAAGCACAAUAAGCCUACCGUCUUCCCAUUGAGUCCCGAACCGGACGAAUGGGAAAUCAAUAGAACAGACAUAGUAAUGAGGCAUAAGUUAGGAGGCGGACAAUAUGGCGAUGUGUACGAAGCGGUCUGGAAGAGAUACAACAUGACCGUGGCGGUUAAAACGCUUAAGGAGGACACGAUGGCUCUGAAGGAUUUCCUGGAAGAAGCGGCUAUAAUGAAGGAGAUGAAACAUAGAAACCUAGUGCAAUUGCUGGGAGUGUGUACGCGCGAGCCGCCGUUCUAUAUUAUCACGGAGUUUAUGAGCAAGGGUAACUUGUUGGAUUAUUUGCGAAACGAGAGUAAACACCAAAUCAACGCCGUGGUGCUGAUGCAUAUGGCUACGCAGAUUGCGAGCGGCAUGAAUUACUUAGAGAGUAGGAACUUUAUUCAUCGCGACUUGGCCGCCAGGAACUGCCUAGUUGGCGAAAAUCAUCUCGUCAAGGUCGCGGAUUUCGGUCUAGCUCGUCUCAUGAGAGACGACACGUAUACAGCUCAUGCUGGUGCAAAAUUCCCCAUCAAAUGGACCGCGCCAGAGGGUUUAGCGUACAAUAAAUUUUCUACAAAGUCUGAUGUUUGGGCAUUUGGUAUUCUAUUAUGGGAAAUCGCUACCUACGGCAUGUCUCCGUAUCCCGGUGUCGACCUGACUGACGUUUAUCACAUGCUAGAGAAGGGCUAUCGAAUGGAUUGCCCUCCCGGUUGCCCGCCAAAGGUCUACGAACUAAUGCGUCAGUGCUGGCAAUGGUCAGCGGCGGAUCGGCCAACUUUCAAGGAAAUACAUCAUUCGUUAGAAAAUAUGUUUCAAGAAUCGAGUAUCACCGAAGAAGUAGAGAAGCAGCUCCAAGGUGGGGGAGAGAUGCCAUUACUUUCAUAUAAGAAAUCACAGACUGGAAGCACAGGAAAUAUACACGGUCUUGUUCUUGUGUCCGAGCAAUUGUCUUCUUCUGGCAUAACGCAAGGAGCCAGUUCGGUAACCAAAUUGAGCACGUUCAUGGGUGGUUUAUCAAGUAGGAGUAACAGCAAUAUGGUCCAAAUGCGAAGAUCCACCAACAAGAAGGGAAAACAAGCGCCGGCACCUCCUAAACGAACAAGUCUGCUGUCGUCGUGCAGUUCUUUCCGAGAUUCCGCCUACCAAGAGCAAGACCAGCAAAAUGUUGAAGUGAGCACUAUGACGCUUGACGAUGGCACAGAUCUAAAUGGUAUUGAUAAGAUUUUUGAAGGUAUCACACGUGAUCUCGUGACAAUGGCUACACAGUCAAUUACUACAGGAGGUUGCGAUAUGGACGACGACGGAGAUGGGUCGCAAGGGACAGCCGAACAUAACUUUAUUCCUCCACCGUCAACCUCGCCGGAACCUGUAUCCAACUUACCGUGCAAUCAGAAACAAAUAAAAUCUCGACCUUACACGUCUAAGGAGGUACUGCCUCAGAAGCUGGUACAUGUGGGUGCACUGGAGGUGCAAAAUGUUAAGCGAGCGAUCAACCGUUACGGCACGCUGCCGAAAGGCGCCCGGAUCGGAGCGUACUUGGAAUCUCUGCGGCAGAGCGGCAUGCCGUCGAAUCAGGAGAACGUUGUUCCGGUCGCGGCCACUUUAUCGUCCGCCAUGGAACAGCAGCAGGAGAACGCGGGCGCCGUCGACACCGCGCCGCAGCAUCGCUCGCUGUCGCCCCGCCAGAACAACCUACGUAGCCAGCCCCAGAUGACGCGCAGCAAUUCUUCGAGCGGCGUGGUGAACACCUAUCAGCCGCCAAACUCGCCGCGCAGCCGCGCCGUGGCCGUCCGCAAGAACAACGUGGACGGCGGCAUCGGUCUGCGGACGUUUCGUGCGCCCAACAACUCCAGCUUCCGCACCGCCAGCCCAUCCAGAUCGAUCCAGCCGACCCUGGCCGACCUGGAGUUUCCGCCUCCGCCGGUGGACCUACCGCCGCCUCCAGACGAGGCCUUCAGCGAUCAAUGCGACUUGCCGCCGCCAGCGACGGCGUCGCCGUGCACGGAGACUUCUCAUAAGACAGCGGCCAGCUCACCGGUCGGUAUCAGAAAAUUGAAGGCGGAAUGGAGGAGCAAAGACGAGGUGAGUGACGAUCAGGAGGAUAGGAAUAGCGACGUGAGAAACUCGGAGCCGUCGGUGAAAGAGGCUAGCUCACGAUUCGGCGUGAAUUUGCGGCGUCGGGACAUCUCCAGCGACGCGCACUGCGGCGUCGGCAAGUCCGCGGACGAGAAGAAGAUAGUGUACAAGCCCAAGGAGAUCAGCGCCGUCAUCACGAAGAUAGAUCCGCCGGAGUUGCCCCCGCCUGUUGCCGCGCCUGAAGAAGCACCCCCGCCACCUCCGCCGCCGCCGCCACCCCUCGGUUCUGGCAAUGCCAGCGACACAUUCGAAUCGAAACCCGGUAUGAAGGAGAUGCUGGAGCUCAAGUUAAUCAACGAGAUUAAGCAAAGCGCAGACAUGAAGCAUGGCGCUGGUACUACGAAGAAAGCCGGCGCCGCCAACAGUGCACCUUCGUCCGCAGCGCCUCUCGACCCGGCGUCGCAGUUGCUGUCUGAGCUGUGUGCCAGCUUCAGCAUGGACUCCGCCAAGCAGCAACACGUCGCCGCGAGCGAGUACGCGAUCACGACGUUGAAAAGUACCGGCGACAUGAUGUCCGGCGGCGUUCAAGAACACCACACAACCACACAGACCACGCUCGACAGGAACACCAGUCUCAAGGAAAUCAUCCCAUUGACCUCACCUAUCACGGAAGGUAUUCUAAGUGCCACUAACGUAGGCUUCAAACUGAAGAAAGUAGACAAGAGAAGUAAUGUGCAGAAAGAGGAGAACUCGGACACCCAGCAAAUCAUAGACUUCAAGGCUCGCCUGCGGAAGGUGGACAAUGCUGACAAGGAUCGAGCCGCGGACGAGAAGAGCAAGCGCUUCGACGACGCGGCGAGUACUAUCGCGGACUCGACCGAAUCGUCCGGCGUGGACGACCCGAACGACGAUAAGCGCCGCAGCACCGGCAGUAUUAGUAGCCUAAAGAAAUUGUGGGAGAACAAAGAGGCUUCUUGUGAUAAUCAACCGCUUAGUCCUAAAUUAAACGUGCGCGGACCCGGCAAGCAGGACGUCGGCGACGCCAGCGAGGAUUCACCGGAGGAUCACAGCGGCGCGUCAACCAGGAGUUCCACUAGCAAGGAUGAUCCGCGGAUUUGGCCGCCGCCGAUGUCCUCGGUGACCACGUCUGAUGUGGAGAAGCCGAUCGUCCCGGCAAAGCCGUUGAAGCCUCUCGGGCCUUCCAGCAAGCACUUUGGUUCCUCAAUAUACGCCACACCCAAUUGCAACAAGCCGCCAUUGUCGCAAAGUGACGAAGAUAGCGGCAGCAAGCAAGCAGGCGGUGGCGGCAGCAGUGGCAACGAGUCCGCGAAGGGAGUAAAGCACAGCGUGAUCGAGAUCUCGAACGUCAUAGAGAACAGCAUCCUGAACUUGAAGGGCAGUCCUACCAUCGUUAUGGCUAGCUGGCUACAACUGUCCGACAAAGUAGGCCUGCUGCACGGCAUGUGCGUCAAUCUCACUGAUACAGCGAUUGCGCCCCAUGCUAGGUUCCAAUUUCGCGAUCUGCUCACCAGGCUGGAGCUGCAGGCGAGACAGCUGCGGGCCGCCGGUACGCGCAACAUCACCGAGAAUACGAGACUGUUGAGUGACGUGCAAAACACGAUAAAGGACGUGAUAAACACGGUGCAGAGAUAAAAUAGCGAGCCGGCGGGUUGGAAAAAUCAAAACGAGCGUUUCAUCCUCCACUACCCUGCGCGACUUCUCCUGUCUGCCUGCCCUCUGCCUGGCCGAGAGGUGUUUCCCCGCUGGAUCGCAGAAUUCUCACUCUCUGUCUCUUCACUCGCCAUCUCCUCCUUCAUCCUCACAUCUUUCUCACUAUCUCUCGUCGGAUCCCCAUGGGCGUAUAGUAUACAUAAAAAUCUACGUUAUAAAUAUCUAUAUCUAAGUCACUAUAUGAUAAGGUCUGUCGAAGAGCGGAGCCCUGUUUUGGAAUCUAGCAACUAAUUUUUGAGCGAACAUAGUAAGCGUGAGCUAGUGUGAAUAAGAACUCGGAUCGAGAGAAAUGCGACUGCAUGAUCGUUAGGGUGGAUUAAUCCAAAGUUGCAUGAGCCGAACGAUCGCCGGUAUGCUUCUCGACAUGUAGAAAUAUACGGGCACACACACACCUUUCGACAUACGGGACACACGCGCAAUAACACACACACACACACAUAAAAUGCGUACAUACAGCUCGAACGGGAUCCUGUGCUGCAACUCAAAGUUCGUAUACAUUUACACUUUCACCUGUUUACAGCAUUCGCGUUUUUUUUUUUUUUUUUUUGGAGAGAUCACGGGCGUAACUCACGGGCGUAACUCACGGGCCUGGCAGAAACUCGGCCUUAUUCAAGACGAAAAGUAUACACCUUUGCAUGAUCGAACCAUUUCUAUGUCGAGACGUUUGACGAUUUUCAUAUAUGAUAGUAAAUAUGUGUGAUUAUAAUUACUGGAUGGAAUUAACCGAUCACGCAAAUACUCUUUCUCUCUCUUUCUCUCUCUCUCUCUCUUUCGGUAGUGCGGAAAAACGGAAUACUCGGCACGAGGGAAACGUAAGAGUCGUCGCAUACGCGCGCGCAGACUAUCGACACGCUAAAAAAAAUCAAUAUCUCGAAUCGCUUAUAUGUACCGCGUAAAAAAUCGUUUCGUUUUACAUGUAAUUUUAUACACACACGUCGUGCUUAGUAUAUAUAUACAUUAUAUAUUAUAUAUACACGAGAUUUUUAGACUAGACUAUAUAUAUAUAAAUACGGACACGACUAUAAGGAAAUAAAAAAAAGAAACAAG